AAAUAUUACACCCGUUAAUUUAACGGCAAAAAUAAAAUAAAAUAUUGCAGUAAAAUUAAGAAUAAGUCUUAAAACAUAGAAUUAGAUUAGUAAUAAACAUUUUAAGGUUGAAAGUGUAUGAAAAAGGCGCGAUCUAAUGUCAAUAACCCUAUUACGAGGUGGCAAGCAAAAGACGAAAUCUUGUGUAGGAAUGACCGUGAUGGCCAAAACUUCAAUAGCAGAAAUAUGUGAGAAUGCAAAGCUGGCGCGUGACAUGGCGUAUACCGGCAACUAUGACUCGGCAUGCAUAUACUAUGAAGGACUAGGCGGUAUGUUAGAUCGCAUGGUUAAAUCAACAACUGAUUCACUGCGUAAAAGCAAAUGGAAAUUGAUCGCACAGCAAAUUGAAAAAGAAUACUCCCAAAUGAAAGCCAUACAACGAACACUAUCAGAAAUGACGCUCGAUUUGCAGAAUACACCGUUUGCACACAAAUUAAAAACCCAAAUCAGCGAAGACGAGACAAAAGAUCCAGCAGCGUGGUUUCGUCCUGAUCCCGAUAUUUGGACACCACCACCCAAAGAUCCUGACGUAUGGGGUCCACCACGCACAGAAAAACCCGCGGUCCCAAAUCGAAGCCGUAGUAGUAUACCUAAUAAAAAACUCACAGGAGGUGUAGGAAAAAGCAUAAUACCACAGCGCAAUAAUGCCAGCGCUGCAGGCGCAAAUAGACGCACUAUAGCUGGAAGUGGUGGGAGUACUGCACGCGGCGGAAAUUUAACGCAGCACAAUGGGCGUUCUACUUCAUCAACAUCGAGCAGAAAAACGACACACUCGAGCAAUGGUGGUAGUGGCAACAUGUCGGCUGUGGCCGACAACUGCGGUUCAAAAGACGAAGAAAAUCGAGAUGAAGAGGCGGUGGAAAGCGAGGAGAAGGAGGAAAAGAAAUUCCAGCCGAGCUCUCACAUGGAAGCAGAACUUGUGGAUAUAUUAGAGCGUGAUAUACUUCAGCGAAAUCCAAAAGUACGCUGGAACGACAUAGCCGAUCUACAUGACGCCAAACGUUUGCUGGAGGAAGCUGUUGUGCUACCCAUGCUAAUGCCGGACUAUUUUAAGGGUAUACGACGUCCAUGGAAGGGCGUACUCAUGGUUGGACCCCCCGGCACCGGUAAAACUAUGUUGGCUAAAGCUGUGGCAACAGAAUGCGGCACCACUUUUUUCAAUGUAUCGUCUUCGACGUUGACUUCUAAAUAUCGUGGUGAAUCAGAGAAAAUGGUACGUUUAUUGUUUGAGAUGGCGCGAUUCUAUGCGCCGAGCACAAUUUUCAUAGACGAAAUUGAUUCGCUUUGUUCACGUCGUGGUUCCGAGUCGGAACAUGAGGCUUCACGUCGUGUCAAAUCAGAGCUGUUGGUGCAAAUGGAUGGUGUGGGCAGCGAAGAGGCCACAAAGGUGGUCAUGGUAUUAGCUGCCACUAAUUUCCCAUGGGACAUUGACGAAGCGUUACGACGCCGUUUGGAGAAACGUAUUUACAUACCGUUACCAACAGAUGAGGGACGCGAAGCAUUGUUGAAGAUUAAUCUGCGCGAAGUGAAGGUGGACGAAAGUGUAAAUUUGUCUGAAAUCGCGAAGAAGCUAGAGGGUUAUUCGGGUGCUGACAUUACCAACGUUUGCAGGGAUGCUAGCAUGAUGUCGAUGCGUCGAAAGAUUGCUGGUCUCACGCCGGAGCAGAUACGGCAAUUGGCUACAGAAGAAGUUGAUCUUCCCGUUUCGAAUCAGGAUUUUACCGAAGCCAUUAGCCGCUGCAAUAAAAGUGUAUCGAAAGCGGAUCUGGAAAAAUACGAAAAAUGGAUGAAUGAAUUCGGUUCGUCAUGAUGACUUUACGCCCACGUCAUGUUGACUUUACCGCAUUCGCUGCAGUAAGAUGUAGCAUUUAAUUUACAAAUAACUAUAAUGUAGAAAUUGAAAAUUGUACGUUUAGCCAAAAUCUGGCUGUAAUGCAAUUUCGUUUUGAUUAGCUAAGCUAGAAGUAUUGAAUGAGUCGGAGAUCGAAAUUAAGCAACAAAAUGGGUCUAAUUUUAUAAAAUUUGCAAUUAAUAAUACUAACGAACCCAAAUUUAAAGCGAUUAUAUACAAAAAAAAAAAAAGAAAAAAAAGAAUAAUAAAAUAAAAUCUUCAAUUUUGCAAUUAACACUACAGGAGGUAGUUUAUGAUUCACGAUUUCGAUAGUGAAAAGUUUGCGCAGCUGGAAUUGAUUACUAUAAAGUAUUGUUUUUUCUAGUUCAACUUAAAGAUUUUUUAUUUGGUUUUAGCGCGGAAUCGCAGGACCGUAAUAUACUACAACUUUUAUAUGCAAACUUAUUUAGCAUUUACAGAAUGAAUUUUCCGCCAAUUUGCGGCUUGUUUAUUUGAAACUUUUUAAAACAAAAUAAAGAUUCUAUUUUGGGUUGUGAUGUUUUCUCACAACUGCACAAUGUU